AUGGCCUCUUUUAAUGAGAUCCGCCCUUUGAAGGCCCUGCCUCCAAAUACAGUCACAUUAGCGGCUGGUAACUCCUGUGGGGAAGUCACUGAGCUUGGGCUUUGUCAGCCUCCCGGUAACUGUGGUUCUCUCGUCUCCCUUUCCCUUCCAGUUGGCCAUGGACAGAGCGAAGGGGAGAGGAUGGUAGUGUCUGACUUCCACGUUUUCAUCAGGGAUGUGCUACAGCACGUGGAUAUCAUGCAGAAAGACUACCCGGGGCUCCCUGUGUUCCUGCUGGGCCACUCCAUGGGAGGUGCCAUCACCAUCCUUACGGCCGCAGAGAGACCGGGCCUCUUCUCCGGCAUGGUCCUCAUUUCGCCUUUGGUUCUUGCCAGUCCUGAGUCUGCAACAACUUUCAAGGGUUAUCCGAAGAGCGUGGUUGAAAUGGCAACGAGAGUGAUAUUCUCUUCGAUUUCCACUUCCUUUUGGGUGAGCCGCACCCCUCCCCGGCACCUCUGUCGGCUUCCUUUGCCUACCCUUGGAAGCAGGUGUGGGGCUCUCCCGGCUGACGGUGGAGGCUUAGGGAGCUCAUGGUGGGAAGCAGCAGCAGCCUGGACAAAAUUGAUCCUCAGGGAGUGGGGUCUCUCAGGCUCUUUCCACCCCGACUGUCCUUACUCCGUGACCCUCCCUUACCUCAUACGCCCUGCUCAGCCCUCCUGGCUUCCUGCAUCACCACAGUCAACCCACUGCCCCUGCUUAUUAGUUCUUUCUGCCCCACCUCACACUUUCCUCCCCCCAUUAGCCAUUAGGCUAAUGAAAUAAACAACCCCUAAAAGAACAGCAGGGAAAGGGCAUACCUUUUGCAACUGCUCAAAGCAUCCUGCCCCUGCAUCCUUCUCGGAUGCCGGAGGGCAGGGGUGGGGGGAGGAAGAGGCUAAAGCACCUGAUUCUUUUGGUUUUUGUGUUUUUUUUAAGCCAUAGU